UUCCAGACCACCUUCUAGAAAUCUCCCCAGAACCUCCAUCAACCUCCACCAUGGUCAACUCCUGUUGUGGAUCUGUGUGCUCUGAGCAGAGCUGUGGAGAGAGCUGCUGCUGCCGCCCCAGCUGCUGUGUGUCCAGCUGCUGCAGGCCCCAGUGCUGCCAGUCUGUGUGCUGCCAGCCCACCUGCUGUCGCCCCUCCUGCUGCAUCUCCAGUUGCUGCAGGCCUAACUGCUGUGUGUCCAGCUGCUGCCGCCCCACCUGCUGCCCCUCUAGCUGCUGCCGCCCCUCCUGCUGCCGCCCCUCCUGCUGCAUCUCCAGUUGCUGCAGGCCCAGCUGCUGUGUGUCCAGCUGCUGCCGCCCCACCUGCUGCCCAUCUAGCUGCUGCCGCCCCUCCAGCUGUGGCUCCAGCUGCUGCAGGCCCUCCUGCUGUGGCUCUAGCUGCUGCCAUCCCACCUGCUGCCCCUCUAGCUGCUGCAGGCCCACUUGCUGCAUCUCUAGCUGCUGCCGCCCCUCUUGCUGUGGCUCCAGCUGCUGCCGUCCUUCCUGCUGUGGCUCUAGUUGCUUCAGACCUACCUGCUGCAUCUCUAGCUGCUGCCGCCCUGUCUGCUGCCAGACCACCUGCUGCAGGACCACCUGCUGCCGCCCAGCCUGCUCCAGUGCUUCUUGCUGCUGAGCAGCACCCAUCUAUUUUUCAUCAACUUACUUUCUGAUGUAGCACAGUUGUGAGCAGACAUAUUUAGGGCAAAUGUAACAUCUAUUCCCAUUAGUUUCCAAUGAGCUCGUUCUCUAUAUAGUGCACUUCCUAUCAUCAUUCACCCUCCCCAAAAAUACUGCAACCACUCAGAAUUUCUCUUGCAAAGGAAAGAAAAGUUGAAUUUGGUUUGAAAAAAAAAAGUCACCCCACAUGAUAUAGUUUCUCUGCCAUGUUUUCUCAUUUGGAAAUAUUCCUAACAAAUAAAUUAUAAUUU